CCUCCUUCUCGCCACCCUCGCGGUCGCUCAGGACUUCGUCUGCCACCCGCGCUUACUACUUCUUCGCCGUCGAACAUGGGUUGCUCUCAGGCCCCCCUCAGCUCCGGACGCAAGGUCUCCAACCCGGAGGAGCAAGGACGAAUUCGCCGCCUUCAAGUGAACGAGCGCGUUCAAGUCCGCCGCGCCAAUAGCAAUGACUGGAUUCCCGGCGUGAUUGUGUCCGCCCUGCAGUACUUCGGCGUGGUGGGCGAAGGGUACGAGGUUCAGUACGACUCUGGUGGGAGGGAAACCAUGCCUGCGUCUCCGCAGCACAUCCAACCGACUAUGUGAUGAGAAUAUCAAGAUAUAGGGCUGCUUAAGUCGAAGAAUAAGGAAGCAUGAUUCUGUCUACGGCCGAGCUGGCAGAAUACUGCAUUGGUAUAGGGCGAAAUUUGUACUUGUAUCUGGUUCAAUCAAUAUGUUAUGGCGCCGCAUAUACUGCCAUAUCUG